GCCUAUGAACGCUACGUGCCUGAGUCAACGAAGGACGUGCACCGAGUGACGCAACAAAUGCGCAGCAUACCUUUCUGUUCCUGUCGAUUGCGCUUGAUAACACCUUACCGAUGUCGAGUCUUCAUGGCUAACGAUAGAGAAGUUCUACGGGAAAUAUGGGACGGAAAAUUACCAAUUUGUUUUCAAUUAGCUCAAGAAGAAAUCAUGGAAAUACAACAACCAGAUGCAUUUUACGUGAUGGUCCCUCGAUUGAGUUAUUUCCCUCUCGUAACUGACAAAAUGAAAAGACACUUUCUGCGCUAUAUUUCUCAAGAAAAUUCUGACAGUGAAAUGUGGUUGGAUUAUAAUGGACAGCCACUUAAGUGGCACUAUCCCAUAGGUUUCCUGUAUGAUCUAUUUUGUGGCAAUGACCCACAACUGCCGUGGCAUCUAACUGUGCAUUUCACAAAGUUUCCUGAAGAUAUCCUUCUACAUUGUAAUAACAAGGAUGUGGUAGAAGCACAUUUCAUGUCUACUGUGAAAGAGGCUGAUGUACUCAAACACAGAGGUCAAGUGAUGUCUACAAUGCAAAAGAAAGAUCACAACCAGUUAUGGCUUGGUUUACAAAAUGACAAAUUCGAUCAAUUCUGGGCAAUAAAUAGAAGAUUGAUGGAAUCACAUGGAGACAAUGAAGGCUUCAAACACAUUCCUAUAAAAUUAUACUCUGAUGAUGGCAUUUGCAGUCAACGGCUAGUCAGUCCAAAGAACAGUGAUGGCAGUAGGAAGACAUUGCAACAAAUGACUGCUGAAUUAUAUCCGGAUAAGCCUGAUGUGCAAUUGAGAACACAUGGGAUAGUAAUUCCAUCAGACACACCACUGCAAUGGCUUUCUGAGCAUUUGAGUUAUCCUGACAACUUCCUACACCUGUGUGUGUUUUAAACAUAUUUUAUACUUUAAUGCAUAGCCAUAAUGUUAAGUGUUAUUUCUGGUCAAUCAUACACAAUGUAAUUAUGUUUAAUUUUAUUUUAUUGUGAAAAUUCACUUUCAGUGAAUAAAAAAACUAUUUAGGAUUAGUUGUCCACCAAACAGUGAAAUCCUUGCACAUUGAAAUCAACUGAAUUAUCAAGAGUAUUGCUUUGCCAUAUAAAAUUAUAAGGUCAGUGAUAUUAAAACUAUCAAUACAUCUGUUUGGUAAAAACUAACCCUAACAAUUAGAGACAGAGAA